ACAAAAAUAUCAUGAACAAAAAAUAGAAAGAAUAAAUGAAGAAGGUGUAUGACCCGCGGAAGAGACAACUUGGCAGUCACAACAGCUGAGGCGACCUACACGAUGUCUUAUGGCUGGGAUCAACAGCAGCAGCCACAUGGAAAUGGUUGGGGAGACCAAGGAAGCUAUUCAUAUGACAUGGGCUCUUCAGAUUUUGGACAAGAGCAACAGUUUCAAAAUUUUGAGUAUAACAGUCAAUCAAGUCAGGGAGGACCUCCCCCUACCACAUCAUAUAGCAGUGAAGGGAGUCAACAACCAGCAUUUUUCACACCAGGACCUUCCAUCAUGACCCCAGGCAUAAGUCCUAUGUCCCCUGUGCCAGAUAAUUAUUCCCUAGAAGAUGAACCACCACUGUUGGAGGAGCUAGGCAUCAAUCCUGAUGCUAUUGUGCAGAAAACUCUAACAGUUCUUAACCCAAUGCGUCGAACAGAUCCCACCAUACUGCAAGAUACAGACUUGGCCGGACCCUUGGCAUUUUGUCUAGCGUUUGGCAGCUUUCUUUUGCUCUCGGGUAAAGCCCAAUUUGGGUACAUCUAUGGCAUUGGCAUGUUAGGAUGUGCCUCUAUGUAUGGACUAUUGAACAUGAUGUCCAUGCCAGGUGUGAGCUUGGGUGUAGUAGUAAGUAUAUUGGGCUAUUGUUUGUUACCCAUGGUGGCUCUAGCUGGUGUGAAUGUUUUGUUGUCACUUCAAGGACCUAUUGGCAUAAUUCUCACAGGUAUGGCUAUUCUUUGGUGUUCCAUCUCAGCAUCUAAAUUGUUUGUGACAGGCUUGGCUAUGGACCACCAGCAGCCUUUAGUUGCCUAUCCAUGUGCACUUUUGUAUGCUGUAUUUGCUCUUAUAACCAUAUUCUGAGAUAAUAUAUACAAUACUAGUCUGAAAUAAUCAAUAGCAACAACCAUGUUUUUUGUGAGAGUAACCCAACUUUUUAUCCAGAUGAGAUUAGGUGAUUAUUGACUCUUGUUUAGAUGUUGCUUGUUGAGUGAAUGAUAAUAUUCCAAAGGUGUGAACCCUUACAUUUCUUUUAUAUAUUUAUUUACCUUUGCUAAGUAAAAUAUUAUGAAUGCAAACGGAUGCUCACAUACUGUACUAUGGCUCAAUAUACUGUAAUUACUUCUCUCAUUCCUUGCUUUCUUUUCAUAUUUAAUAACUUUAGUGUAUAAUUGGUGUCACAUGCUUAUGGUUUCAUCCGACAGUUAAGACAAUGUUACUCUUUAUGUAAUUAAUGUAAUACGUAGCUGAAGUGUAAGAUUCCGUGUGUUUGCUUAUUUUACAACUGGACUUAAUGUUAGAAUUUAGUCUGUAAUGAUAUCUGUCACAAACACUCUUCUUCUUUUUUUUGGGGUGAAGAAUUAUUAACCGAGUCACCGGAGUGCAAGUAACUAAGACCACAGGGAAUGAAAAGUUUAUAUUUUCACUGGUUUAGUGUGUACUGUAUGGUGAGUGGCAUCUUAACAUUGUCAGAAACUUGUAUUGUUUAAUCAAGUCCCUGUGAGACAAUACUGUAUAGUAAGUAUUGUACUGUUUAAUACACUAAUUUGGCAUAGUUAGGUUGCAUUCUUAUACUUCUUGAAAUGAUCGAGCUACCAUACAAAAAAUAUAUUCUUUAUAAUAAAGUUGUGUAAAUCA